AUGAGUAUUCUAGACGAAUCUGUCAGAGAUAUUGAUCGAAUGAAGAAAGGCAUUGAGAACUUGAAAAUUGAAGUAGCUGUGAAGACUCCUGAAGGAACAACUGCUUCCCUCGAUGAUAUCAAGUUGGAACGAGAAGCACUUCGUGGUGAACUGCGGGUUGAGCGUAUUUCCAUUGACGCUAUGCAAAACAAGAUUGAUGAAGAAACGGAACGUAUUGAAACAAUCUGCAUCAAAGCCAAGGCUAAGGAAGGAAAACCGUGCAAACCUAACAAGGCACAAGCCGAGCUAGAAGAGCUUAAACGAAUGGAUGCAGAAAUUGUUCGUUUGUGUAAAGAAUUGGAUGCUUUGUCCCGUCUAAAUUUGGCAGAAGAGAUACAAAAAAUUAAACGCAAACUUCAAGAAUCCAAUGAAGAAAUGAAGAAGAUUAUUGCUGCAAUCGACGAAAAGACUUAUCAGAUUGAUUCGCUCAAAAAGGAAGUUAUGAAUCAAGAUAUGAUUGAGCGUGAUUAUCUGGACAACCGCGACUUGAUGAAAUUAAAAGACGAAACAACUUCGCUGAAGCAAGGUCUGGACGCAUUGAUGCAAAGCAUUGGCGACAUGGAUGCACCAAACGUGGCCCAAGAACGAAACAAACUGCUUGAACAACGAGAUGCAAUCCAAUCGACGAAAAGCCAAACAACUGGUCAAAUAGCCCGAAUUGGAGAAUCAGAGCAAAGCUUUGAAAAAGAACUGGAUCGAUCGGAAUUCAAGAACGCUGUGAAGAACUAUCUAAAAACAUACAGCGAAUCGGUGGUGUUGAAGAAAAUGAUAAGUGAUAUUCUCACAAAUACCGCAAUGCCCUCGAGUGGGCGCUCAUGA